CUAUUUACAAUAAAUCGCCUCGUAACCUGGAGUUUAAGGGGUUCCCUUCUCCGACAGUGAUGACCACAAACUCGGUUUGAUGCGGGUGGAAGGGGGAGCACGUGGUAACUUUGGUUCUUUAUUCUCCAAGCGGCCACUGCUGCCCGCUUGGCACGCGUAAAACACGAGCCAUUCCCCAGCUAGAUGGGUUGGGGGAGACGGGUAAAAGCGCUAUGCAGCCGUCCCAAAGAAAACUCCGAACUCCGAGCUGUUUUUGACCUACUUUUAAAGGACCUUUGAAUAACUUUUUCAUCGUGAAGUCACAAUUUCGUAUGGAUUUUUGGAUUUCGCCUUAACGAGUCGGCCAAAGUUGAGAAAAAAAAAAAAAAAGGUUCACACUUAUGUCCCUGCUCGACGCCAGAAGCGCUCCUGAGUUCGGAUGUUUACGAAACAACGUUGUGAUAUGUGUGGGGAAUAAAAAGGAAUGAAUCGCAUGUCAAAGCACUGAGGUUUGUCGGACAGAGAUCUCGGAGGUCGGGCUGUUGUUGGAGAGCUCUGAUGUGGUGAAGGUGUGCUCAGCCGUCUGUGCCCCGCUCACGAUACCCUACGCUGUUUUUAACUCUCCUUUUUUCAUCCAUAUAUCCCAGAUCCGUUUGAUGGCCGUAAGUUCACCUCUGGCAACAUUUAGCAGCACCUCUACGCACUUUCGCCAUGCGGUAACUGUCACCGGGGAAUAGAUCCGUGCGAUCUCUUCUGACCGAAUAACGGCUCUCUUUGUGUUUCGAGACAGUUGGAUGGAUUUUCAGGUACACUUUACUGAAACUGGAGAAUUCGAACCAUACGAUUUUCAAAUACCUGUUCGGGGCCAAUUGUCUCGUUUGCAUAAAUGCUUUUCACUUAGAUUUUUACCAUCAAAAUGCGUUUCCCUGGUAAUAUUUAAAUCAAUUCGGUGGAUAUUUUCCUGAAUCUGUAUUUUAUUUGAGAUUAAACGACGUCGGAGAAGAUGAACCUGUGUAUUGUCAGUCUUCUUCUCACUUUGGAUUUAGCCACCGUGGCGCUCAGUUUGUCCACAUGUAGCACGCUCAACAUGGAUCAGUUCAAAGAGAUGCGCAUCCAGGCCAUCCGAGGGCAGAUCCUGAGCAAGCUGAAGCUCACCUGUCCCCCGGAGGACUUCCCCGAGCCCGAGGAGGUGUCUCGGGACAUUGUUGCCAUUUACAACAGCACCCGAGACCUGCUGCAGGAGAAGGCGAACGAACGGGCGGCGACGUGCGAGCGGCAGCGGAGCGAAGAGGAGUAUUACGCCAAGGAGGUGCACAAGAUCGACAUGCAGCCCUUCUACCCAUCAGAGAAUGUUAUCUCUGCUACACACUUCAACCCUUACUUCAGGCCGCUGACCUUUGAUGUGUCUUCCCUGGAAAAGAACGCCUCCAACCUGGUUAAGGCUGAACUCAGGAUCUUCCGUCUACAAAACCACGCAGCCCGAGUGUCUGAGCAGCGCAUUGAACUCUACCAGAUUUUAGGACACAAAGACCAGACGUCCCCAACACAGCGAUAUAUAGACAGCAAGGUGGUACGAACACAAACAGAGGGAGAGUGGCUGUCCUUUGACGUGACAGAGGCUGUAAGUGAAUGGCUGAACCACAGACACAGAAAUAGUGGAUUCAAGAUCAGCCUACACUGCCCCUGCUGCACGUUUGUACCAUCAAAUAAUUACAUUAUUCCCAACAAGAGUGAAGAGCUGGAGACACGGUUUGCAGGUAUUGAUGAUAGCUUUGUCCAUGGCGUUGACCUGAAGGUGUUCAGAAAGCGGCGGCACAGCGCUCGGGCUCCACAUCUUCUCCUUAUGCUGCUGCCUUCAUACCGGCUGGAGUCCCAUUCACAGCACACCAACCAUCGAUCCAAGAGAGCCCUUGACACCGCCUACUGCUCCAAAAACGUUCAGGACAACUGCUGCUUACGGCCACUCUACAUCGAUUUUAAGAAGGACCUGGGCUGGAGGUGGAUCCAUGAGCCAAAGGGCUAUGAGGCCAACUUCUGUGCUGGGGCUUGUCCAUAUCUGUGGAGUGCUGACACUCAGCAUUCAAAGGUGUUGGGCCUAUAUAACACGAUCAACCCUGAAGCAUCAGCAUCUCCCUGUUGCGUCUCCCAGGACUUGGAGCCCCUCACCAUCCUCUACUACAUUGGCAAGACCCCCAAAAUAGAGCAGCUUUCCAACAUGAAGGUCAAGUCCUGCAAGUGCAGCUAAAAACCCCAACGAGCCAGAACAAACUUUCUCUCUCUCUCCUUCCCUCACACAAGCACAGACAGGGACAUACACAUACAGAUGAUUUGGGCAUAUAUGCAUUCAAACCGCUACUGAACUUCACCUCAUGUGCACUUUUAUACUCACUGCAGUGUUUCUACUCCAGCACAGUCAGGAGUCGUGUGCUGGAGAAUGUAGGUAGAGACAAAUUCAAUGCAUACACAAUAUACAGGAAUGUCAUCAUACCCGAAACUCGACAUUGAUAUUAGUGCUGUGUACCAUAAGUCCAGUGUUGCAUUGCAGUCCGUGACAUAGGUUCACACUGCCCAGUGACACGCAGAUGGGGGCUUGUGUGCAGAACUUGUCAUGAUUUACACAAGAGUCUUUAGUUUGUUGUGUAGUGUUUGGUUUUCCAUGCAUCAUGAGCUGUUAGCUAUCCAAUGUCAACAUGCAUGUUUUCUACCUAUUAAACCUUCUCCAAGACGAGUGCCAAUGCAGGUAUUUCGUGCUACUUCAGUCUGAAUGACUUACGUUAGUUGAAUGGCAAAAGCAAACCAAACUAAAAGCAGCAAAUUAUAAGAAUGGUCCUACAUUUAGUUACACCCUACCAUUAUAAGACUUGGGAGGGUCGCCUAAGUGUUUUUGCCAAACACCCAUGCUGAAUGAAUGGGAAAUAUGAAAAAAAAAAACAACACAUCUACCUUCCUAUCCUUGAGGUGGCAACUUGUCCAUCCAAUCAGUCUCCUGGAAUUCUCAGUCACACAUCUGAAAAACUAUCUCUGCUGCAUUUGAAGUUUUUCAGGGUAAGAUAGGUAAGAAGCCAAGGAUAGCCAGAAGACUAUUUAUUUACUUGGUUCGAAGGUCUCUAUUAUCUGUACAACAUCAUUCUACAAACUUGUCAGUUAAUUCACAAAAGCAAAAGUAAUUGGACUCAUUGUUGGCUAGUAAGUUGGUUGGUGAAUUUUGUGGGUUAACUAGCAAGCUAGCUUCCUCAUCUCCGGCUAGUUAAUACGGCGCUAACGGCAGAUAACGUUAGGUAAUGUUAGGUUGGCUGAUUUGUGAACUUUGUUGUGAGGUUGUAUCUCUGUCCCCUGAUGAUGCUGCAAAUGAUGAGUCUAACGUUACGGUUGAUUUGUCUGGGUAGACUGGCUUGCUGGAUUUAUCAUGAGAUCAACUGUACUAGUCAUACCUCCACACUUCGUUUGAGCGCUGCUAUAACUGUAAAACAAGCGCUUUCAACUUAAACAGUGUAUGAUGAGGCUCUAGUCAUUCAUGUUGUACAAAAAUAAGCAGUCGAUGGUUUGAGCUGUUAAUCACUGUUUUAGCUCCUGGCAACAUUUUAUUUAAAAAAAAAGAGAAAGGGAUCCAGAUCAGAAGGUUAGAAUCAUUUUGAUACCUGCAUGCAUGAUGAAUCCGGUGAAAUGUUCUUUUUUUCAUUCAGUACCACUAAUGGCCAGUGGAUAUUGGUUUUAAAAAUCUGAAUUUUAUUUUAAAAAGUAGACCAACUGAUAAAUCUGACAGAAUUAGCCUGUCACAAAAUCAUCAAUACAUAGAAACAUAGACACAUGCAUACAUAGUUGCAUACAUGUACAGUAACACAGAUACGGCUUUUAUAUAGACCUGUUUUUUACAUUUUGAAGAUCCUAUCAACACUCAUCACCUCACACAAUUGUCACACCAACAAGAAUACAAAGGAGUAAGGCACUGGAACACUGGAAGUAUAAGUAAUAAGUCAUAACAGCCCAAGCCCUGACACCUACCAACCACUUCCCUCUUUUUUCACAUCCCUUUCCUCACCUCACCCAUUCACAGUUUACAUAGUCACACCACACCAUGUCCCCAUGUCUGUUUUCAUAUUGGUUUGGUAUUGUAGUAGGACUGAGGGAGGAAACCAAAAACC